UAGCUCGAGCAUACGGAGACUCUAAUUUGGUCAAUACACCAUUUCCAGAGGCCCAACGAGCUCUUCCCCUCCUUGGGAACUGGAUCGAGCAAAGGAUCCGAGAUCUCUCUCCCACUCAUCGCGACGCUCAAAACUGUCCAUUCAGUGGGUCCUCAAUCCGCGGUCUCAAAGCUCAUACGCGCAUGACAUGAUGUAUCUGUUGGUAACCGAGGCUCAAGCCCCUGUCGUGCAGGGUGCGAACUUUUUUGGAUGGGCGGUGGAAAAGUGCCCCUCCAUCGACCUUAAUGCCCUUGUCUAUUAUUUGGAACAUCUUUCGCUGCGUGUCAUAUCUGAAUGUAGACGUGCCAGAGAAGACCCCUAUCACAGUCUGCUGCUCCCCCGUUCCUGGGCUAUCUUUAUGACAGGCAUGAACACUCAGGCUCCUAGAUGUAACUUCAACAUUUAUCUCUUCUUGGGUCAUGUUGUGAGCCUGCUACGGACUGUCAACAAUUGGAAUGGAUACGGAUCGCUCACAUUCCAAGGACGCCCAUUUCCGCUUUCAUGGACAUUGAGAGGAGAAAUCCUAGCCAGAAUCUGCCGUGCACUAGUGCUUAUUGGAUUCAACUGUCCGGCAUCGGCAAACGAGUGGAGGGUCUCAAUUUUGAAUUCGAUCACGAUGAGUUUCGACCCUAAAAGGCCUCAUGGUAAUCUAUACUCAAGGUAAGCUUAACUAUUGAAAUGAACUACUCAGCUAACUGCCGUACACAAGAUAUGCGAACGCGAAGGAGUGGUGGGACUUAGUGAGAGCCCUAACUUUCCACAGGGUUCAGGACGAUCUGGUU